UGCAACCAUUUCCGCUCGCUCGCGUUGACGUAGCCAGUUUCACAGCGCUCUCGGCGGCUGUAAGUCGCCUGAUUGUAGGAGUGAACACCGGGGUUUGAGACCGUGAGAGAAUGGUGGGCCUCCGCAGGGGCAUGUGAGACACAAUCCGAAAUCGGGACGGUUGAGAUCCAUGCGGCUCCGCUUCAGACGGCCCAGAUGAAAGACCCACCAGCCGGCCAAAUUAACGCUCCACAGCCGAGCCCCUGAACGUCUGCGGCUGCUAUCCGGUUACAUUUGGGGGGGAAGGACGUGGAAAAGCCCCCGAGACGCACAUUCACACGCCAAGAGGAAGUCUCGUAAGACCGCAGGCUCUUAAAGAGGCCUCGCAGCACUGAACAACCACAUUGGAACUUCACAGAAAUAUCAGUUUCGACGCUUUCGUCUUAUUUUUCAUGGAUUAUUAGCGAGGGGGGCGCUUUUCCUACUGGUACCACCCCGCAACUGGAGCAAAAGCUCAACAAGUCGAGCUUUGACCUUUCAUAUUGUACGUGCAGAACUGGAAGUUUUCAGUACUGUCACUUAAUCAGCAUUUCAGUAGCCCAAAUCUGUUCACGGUGUCUGUAUGUUUAAACUGACGAUACACACACACACUCUGUGAUCCUGUUUACUUCCAAAUUUGCCAUUGUUUCAUCAUACGGCCCACAUAGUACUCUUAUAAAUCAACUGUCUUGAGAUUGACUCUCAUACUUUUCAUUUUGGAGGGAAACGACUAUUUAGGAACAGUUUACAAGAUGGGGAAGAUGCUAUCAAAGAUAUUUGGUAACAAAGAGAUGAGAAUACUGAUGCUCGGACUCGAUGCCGCAGGGAAGACCACCAUCCUUUAUAAACUGAAACUGGGCCAGUCUGUGACCACGAUACCCACCGUCGGUUUCAACGUGGAGACGGUCACCUAUAAAAACGUUAAGUUCAACGUGUGGGACGUCGGCGGCCAGGACAAGAUCCGUCCCCUCUGGCGGCAUUACUACACAGGCACGCAAGGGUUAAUAUUCGUGGUGGAUUGUGCGGAUAGAGAUCGCAUCGACGAGGCCAGACAAGAACUCCACCGCAUCAUCAACGACCGCGAGAUGCGGGAUGCCAUCAUUUUGAUUUUCGCCAAUAAGCAAGAUCUACCGGACGCCAUGAAGCCACACGAGAUCCAGGAGAAGCUGGGACUGACCCGCAUCAGGGAUAGGAAUUGGUACGUGCAGCCUUCGUGCGCGACAACCGGCGACGGACUGUACGAGGGCUUAACGUGGUUAACGUCUAACUACAAGUCUUAAUGACAGCGACUGGCACUGACUGUUUAGGACAAGUGAACUCAAUAUGGGGCAGAUCCGAUGUCUCCAACGAAUAUUCGUGAUAUUUUGAUUUAGAGUUGACAUUGAUUUUCGUUUUGUUUUGAAAUGACCCUUAAAAAGUUAUCUCUCUGAAACAUAACGAGUUUGGCUUGCUUUUAAUUUUUCGUGUGUUGUGGCAAACACUUGUCACUCACCUUGGACUAUGGCUUAACAUGAUAAAGCAUUCCUGAAUGAUGAUUAUCUUUUUUUUUUUUUUUUUCUUGAAACUGUUGGUUUUAUAUAUUUGUUGUCAUUAUUUCAAGCUUCUUUUUUGAGAGUUUGGGGUUUUGUCUCCAACAAACAAGGGUGUAGAUUUGGCUUGAACUUUGGCGGUGGUUACAGUGUGAAGAAUUUACAUGUUUCCAUUGAUCACUGUAUAAAUAUUGUGGGGGCGGGGGGUUUUACUUGCUUGUUUUGAUUAUUGGGGGGGGGGUUACAACCCCCCACCCCCCCUGGAAUCUAUGCCCCUGCCAACAUAUGAUCCAUCAGUGUGUUAGAGACAUUUUAUACCAAGAUGUGUUAAAAAAACCAAAAAAAAAAAAAAAAAAAAAACCUGUCCAGACAUCUACUGUAGCCAAGCACAGUUUUGCUGAGGAGGUUGUAGCAUACUAACUGUAGGUAGCUAUGUGGUGUAACGGAUUUGAAACUGUGCCAUAGUUAUGAUAUCACUGACAUCCAAUGAUAACCCACUUGUAAAUGAGUCCAUGGAACAUUUUAUGCCAAAAAAUCUUGGGCUAUAAUUCUGGAAGGAUGACUUGCCAUAGAUAUAACUUCUAUUCACAUAGCAUAAUCAAACUGAGUGAUGUCUUGUGCUCUCAAAAGGUUGCCGAAAGGAUUUUGUCUGCGCUGCAAAAAGUAAAAAAAAGAUUAGAUUUUUGAAAUUGACUACCAAGAAGAAAGGAAUGCCUUUUGUAGCCCUCUUAUCAUUUAGGCUAAUCGCAUUGACCAGAUUGUUUUUCAUUUAUAGUCAAAUGUCUCUAAAAUGUGGGAUUGUUACAUUCUUGCAUUUCAAGUGUAGUGCUUGCGGUAGAGUGGACUGAAUUUUGUCAUUUUGGAGAGAAAUGUUUCAUUCUGUUCAUUUCCUCUCUUUGCUUUAGUCAUUAAAAAAAAUAAAAAUAAAAAUUGUACAGAAACGGCUAUGUUAUUGUAACUUCAAAUUAAACUUAGUCAUUUUAAAAGUUUUAGUUCAUUCUUAUUAUGACUAAUCUGAUGCUGUCUUUCAAGCCUUUAUGCAGUGGGAGUUUCCACUGUCAUUUGUAGAGCCAAACCAAAGUCUAGCAGUAGUUGCGUUUGUGGUCCAUGUGUAUUUGCACCCUAUUUUCUAAAUAGGGACUUUUAAAGGGAUAGUUCACCCAAAAAUGAAAAUUCACUUAUCAUUUACUCACCCUUAUACCAUCCCAGAUGUGUAUGAAUUUCUUUCUUCAGCCGAACACACAGUUUUUUUAGAAGAAUAUCUCAGCUCUGUUCAUACAAUGCAAAGUGAAUGGUGACCAGACAUUUAUAUCUCCAAAAGUCACAUAAAGAAAACCUAAGAGUAAUCCAUAUGACUCCAGUGGUUAAAUCUAUGUCUUAAGAAGCGAUAUGACAGGUCUGGGUAAGAAACAGAUCAAGUCCUUUUUUUUUUUUUUUACUCUAAAUCUCCACUUUCACUUUCAGAUGUGAAAGUGAAACUAAACAGGCACCACAUGUGGAUUUCAGAUGUAAAAGUGAAAGUGAAGAUUUAGAAUAAAAAAUCUUAAUCUGUUUCAUACCCACACCUAUCAUAUCGCUUCUGAGGACAUAGAUUUAACCACUGGAGUCAUGGAUUACUUUUAUGUUUCCUUUAUGUGAUUUUUGGAGCUACAAAGGUCUGGUCACCAUUCACUUUGCAUUGUAUGAAUUUAAAGAGUUGAGAUAUUCUUCUAAAAAAUGUUUGAUUGUGUUCUGCUGAAGAAAGAAAGUCAUACACAUCUGGGAUGUUAUGAGGGUGAGUAAAUCAUAAGAAUUUUCAUUUUUGGGUGAACUGUCCCUUUAAGAACUCUGGAAUCCAUGGUAGAUAAAACUGUAAACAAUGUUUGCUGGGAUUAAUGUUUGACCUUGUCAUUUAUUUGCACACAGGACUGGAGAUACUUUAUAAAUGGAGAUAUUUAAAAGA